GAAUAUGGGCAGACGACAGCGAUGAGGAUGAACUAUCUGCCAGACCAUCUUUCAAGACCUUCAGUAAGGAUCCUAAAAAUUAUAUGGCACCGGUUAAUUUUGUCGCUGGUGGUAUCCAACAGGCAGGAAAACUGAAGGAGAAGGAAGAUGAGGACGAUGAAGAAGACAAGGAAGAAAGGGAGGCAAAGCACAGUAGUUCGAGUUCAGCAGAUCAGAGGCCAAAUCGUUUGAAACCGCAUACGCCCUUCUCCUUAAACUUGGAUAUUGCGGGUCUGCGUAAAAAGCGCCAUAAAGUGGAAGUGAAAAGUGUACUUUGCAGUUGGCAAAUACACACCAAGGGCGUUGGCGCCAAACUGUUGCUGCAGGUAUUUCAUGAACAUGAAAUAAUCAUAAUAUACUUGUUUCAGAUGGGAUUCAAACCUGGGAAAGGUUUGGGGAAGAAUUUACAAGGCAUGAGCGUGCCAGUGAUAGCGCAUAUUAGAAAGGGAAGAGGCGCCAUUGGGGCAUAUGGCCCUGAAAAUAAAGAUGGAUAUGCGAUAUCAUCUAAUAAAACUCAUCAUCAAAACUCAACAUCUAAUAAAACUCAUCAUCAAAACUCAACAUCAAAGUUUGCGCUGCCAAAAUUACAGCGAAAAUUAAAUGUAAUUUUAGACAGAUGCCAAAGAGAAGUGAUUUUAAAUGAUCACCGUAGAAAAUAUUUAAAAAAGAAAAUAAUUGUCCUGAGGGCCGAGAAAAUGAAUUCAUCUAAGAGACUGGAUGAAUUAGCCAGUAGUUUGGCAGUAGUUAGAGCCAUCCAUGUUUAUGAACAAAUUAGGCAGUGGAGGGAGCCCGAAGCAAUCGAAUUAUUGGUAGAAUAUUGGAUGCCAAGAUUAUCCAAUUGGAUCUUGGAAGAUCUAUUAGAUAUAUUAGUAUUAAAAUUGACAUUGGAGGUGGAAGAAUGGAAUCCUCUUACCGAUACUGUACCUAUUCACACGUGGAUUCAUCCUUGGUUGCUGUUAUUACGAAAUCGCUUAGAUACUUGGAUUUAUCCAAUAAUACGUAGAAAACUUGGAUCUGCACUAGGAGGUUGGCAUCCAUCAGACAGAUCUGCUAGAUUAAUGCUGCAACCUUGGGCAGAAGUGUUCUCAAAGGGAGAUAUGGAAUCAUUUUUAGUUGAGAACAUUAUUCCAAAAUUGCAAGUAGCCUUAUCCGAAUUAGUCAUAAAUCCACACCAACAACACUUGGAUCAAUGGAAUUGGGUAUAUGAGUGGAAGGACUUGAUCCCUGUUCAUAUCAUGGCGGGAUUACUUGAUAAAAUCUUUUUUCCAAAAUGGCUACAUAUCUUGGCGAUUUGGCUCAAUAAUUCACCUAAUUAUGAUCAAGUUGCAAUGUGGUACAUGGGUUGGAAAGGAAUGUUGAAUGACAAAUUACUGGCGGAACCAAUAAUAAAAGAUCACUUUAAGAAAGCGUUGGAAAUGAUGAACAGGGCUGUCACUGGGCCACAAAGUCGUAAAGUUUAGUAAAGACCUUUGUGACAGGAGCUAGUUUCAACCAAUCCAAGUCAAAGGAACUGGCGUGGGAUUUUACAUUGGAAUUGGACAUUGUCAUCCGCAGUCCCGUGUAUCAAACCUUGAAUUCGAUGUCCACGUGUC